AUGACUAGAAAUCGAAUUAUGGUGCAAGUAACGAGGUAUUCACCACUUGGCAUAGCAUUUCUGAUUGCGUCGCAAAUUGUCGGAAUGAAAGACCCAGGGAAGGAGUUGCAAAGGCUCAUGGGUUACAUGAUCACCGUGCUUAUUGGACUGUUCAUUCACGGUUUCGUCAUGUUGCCGAUUCUCAUGAUUACGCUGGCAAGGCGGAACCCAAUCAAGUACGUUUACGGAAUGGCACAAGCGCUUUUAACCGCACUUGCUACGAGUUCCAGUUCUGCUACGUUACCGCUUUCCAUCAAAUGCGUCGAGGAGAAUAAUGGUGUGGACUCUCGGGUAGCACGAUUCGUCCUCCCACUUGGAGCAACUAUAAACAUGGACGGUACCGCUUUAUAUGAAGCGGUCGCUGCUAUCUACAUUUCCCAGUGUGUUGGCCUGGAACUCACGCUGGGUCAAAUAAUUCUUGUCAGCCUCACCGCAACAUUAGCCAGCAUUGGAGCCGCUGGUAUCCCACAGGCAGGAAUUGUAACCAUGAUUAUGGUACUGAUCGCCAUUGGAUUGCCAUCAAACCUGUUCAUUUUGAUAUUCCCCGUCGAUUUCUUCUUGGACAGAAUUCGUACAACAGUAAAUGUUCAUGGUGAUAGUAUUGGUGCUGCCGUUGUUGGAAAGCUUUGCGAG